AUGCCUUCUUCCGCUAUUAAAAGAAAUAAGUUCGAAAAAGAAAUCUUAGAUAUUCUUUGCCGUACUUGUGCAGUGUGUCAUCGAAUAAGACAUUCACCAGACGGCAGAUGGCCGGACAUAAUUGGAACCUUUACAAAAACUGUGAUUCUUGUUCAAUGUAAAUACCAUAAAAGAAGAAGAAUCGGUCCUACAUCCGUACAAAAAUUAGAAAGAUUAUUAUCCAAUUUCCCCAAAGAUACAGUUGGAAUCAUAGUAAUCCCGUCCAAAAAUAAGUUUAAUUAUGGUGCCAUAGAAAGAGUUAGAACAUCUGAGCAUAAUAUUAUCCUAACGGAUAGAAGACAUUUAUAUUCAGAUCUCAUUCAAUUCUUUGAAAAUCAUAAAAUUCAAAGACCUCAUAAUUUUAAUUUCAAAUUAACU